AUGGAUCGGGGAAACGAACCAUCUCGCCCUCCCUCUCCCUCGAGCGCGCCCUCGCCUGGAUCGGGCACUGCCCGACGCUGCCCGUCGCCCGCCCCGCCGCGCCUCCAUCCUCCUCCGCGGCAUCACCUCGCCGGCGCCGCCCCAACACCUCCCCUCAUCGGCGCCUCUUCCUCGCCGGACCGCCCCGUUCCCCCGCCUCUGCUUCGCCCAGCGCCGCCGGACGUCCUCCCCGACCUCCUCCCCGCGGCUCUCCCCCAUGCCUCGCCGCCUCCGCUCCCCGUCAACGCCCGUGAGUCGCCGUUCCGCUCCUCCUCUCAUCCUCGCGGUCGCCGCGCACCGUGCGCCCACACCCGCGUCGGCCGCACCCAUCACCGCUCGUGCGCGCCCUGGCUACUCCGGCCUCGCUUCCACAAACCCACUGUUCGCCGUGCUGCCACCGCCACGCACGACCAGCUGCUGCUGCGCCCCAUCGGCGCUCGCUCACGUGCCCGCCUCGCUGCGGCUCCCGCCUGGCCUGCUCGCCCGACCGCUGUGGCCACGUCCCGGCGCGCCCUGCCGCGCCACCACCUCCCCUCGCCGGCGCUCGCUGCUGCGCCUGCGCCCGCAGCUCCUAGGAUGCUCAUGUGCGAGCAUGGGCCUCGACCUUGGCCUAUGCCUCUGACCACAGGCCACCCUGGAAAAGAACCGCCGCCGGACGUCCUCCCCGACCUCCUCCCCGCGGCUCUCCAUCGUGCAUCGCCGCCUCCGCUCCCCGUCAACGGCCGUGAGUCGCCGUUCCGCUCCUCCUCUCCUCCUCGCGGUCGCCGCGCAUCGUGCGCCCACACCCGCGCCGGCCGCACCCAUCAUCGCUCGUGCGCGCCCUGGCUACUCCGGCCUCGCUUCCACAAACCCACUGUUCGCCGUGCUGCCACCGCCACGCUCGACCAGCUGCUGCUGCUGCUGCGCCCCAUCGGCGCUCACUCACGUGGCCCCUCGCUGCGGCUCCCACCCGGCCUGCUCGCCCGACCGCCGUGGCCACGUCCCGGGGCGCCCUGCCGCGCCACCACCUCCCCUCGCCGGCGCUCGCUGCUGCGCCUGCACCCGCAGCUCCUAGGAUGCUCAUGUGCGAGCACGGGCCUCACCCUUGGCCUAUGCCUCUGA